GGUACCGGGACGGGCCCCGGCGGGACCUGGAUCGGGGCUUCGGGACCCGCGACCGCUACGACGACCGGGGCCGGGACUACGACCGAGGGUACGACUCCCGGCUGGGCGGGGGCCGCCGGGCCUUCGGCAGCGGGUUCCGCCGGGACGACGAUUUCCGCGGGUUCGAGGAUCGCUACGAGCGCCGGGACGAGCGGGGGGAGCGCUGGAAUUCCCGGGAGGAAUACGGCAGGGACGACUUCCGCAGGGACGACAGAGGUCCCACCCAGAGGCCGAAGCUGAACCUGAAGCCCCGGAGCGCUCCCAAGGAAGAGGAAAACUCGGGAGUCGCCGCCCAGUCCUCCCGCGCAGCCUCCAUCUUCGGGGGGGCCAAACCCGUGGACACGGCGGCCAGGGAGAGGGAGGUGGAGGAGAGGCUCCAGAAGGAGCAGGAGAAGCUCCAGAGGCAGCUGGAGGACGACAAGAGGAUGGACAGGAGACCCCGGGAAAGACACCCCAGCUGGAGGAGCGAAGAGAACCAGGAGCGAUCCCGGACCGGGAGCGAAUCCUCUUCCCAGGGGGGGCCCCCGGGA